GCUUGAUAUUGGAAAAAAUAAUUUGUAUUGGAACAGAAAUAUCGAAUCAAAAGUAUCGAUAAUCAUUAGUUUGAUAAUAUCGAAUCAUUUCUAUAAUCUAAAAUUUUAGGUUAGCCCUCAAUCAUAAACAUUAAUAUUUCUUAUUUCAUUUCAAUUUUUUUAUCAUUUUCGAAGUGAAUUUUAUUUCUUGUACAAUGAUUAUGUGAUUUCUUGUACAAUUUCUGAAGUCUCAGAGAUUUCUAGUUUAUUACGUGUAGUCUACAUAAAAUUGAAAGCUGUUCCCGUUGACAGAUAAAAUGCUGAUUGAACUGUUCUACUCGGCGUGCCUGGUGGUGGUGCUGACAUGCCUGCUGCUGUAUGUGGUGGAGGAGUGGUGGCGCAAACGUUGCCACAUGCGUCGCGAGAUGUCGCGCAAACAGAGUGGUGGGGGGCCGAGCGUCGCCUUUUUCCAUCCCUACUGCAACAGUGGGGGCGGCGGCGAACGCGUGCUCUGGUGUGCGAUCAGAGCAGUUCAGAAACGUCUAGGUUCGAUAGUGCUGGGCAUGGAGGCGUUGAUGGCAUUCGUACCCGAUGUGUUUGUAGACACUAUGGGCUACGCAUUCACGCUGCCGCUGUUCAAGUGGGUGGGUGGCUGUCACGUGGCCUGCUACGUGCAUUAUCCCACCAUCACGCGCGACAUGCUGCGACGCGUCUCCAGCCGCGUGGCCGCCCACAACAAUCGGCCUUUUGUUGCCAACAGUCCCGUGCUCUCCACCGCCAAGAUAAUCUACUAUCGCGUCUUCGCCUGGCUUUACAGCAAGGCUGGCAGGUAUUCGGAUAUAGUUUUGGUGAACUCGUCGUGGACAGAGGACCACAUCAAUAGCCUGUGGGAGCGUCCUCUGAUCACGAAUCGUGUUUAUCCGCCAUGCGACACCACCUCCUUCAAGGAAAUUGAGCGACCUGACGAUGUCGACCACACAAAGUCGACCUCUGAAAUUCGCAUCGUUUCUGUUGGACAGUUCAGGCCCGAGAAAGAUCAUCCUCUUCAGCUCAAAGCCAUGUAUCAUUUAAGACAGAUUUUAAGCGAGGAUAUUUUUGAAAGAACAAAACUAGUUUUCAUUGGUUCAUGUCGAAACAGUGAGGACGAGAUCCGUGUCAAAGAUAUGAAGGACCUUUGCCGUCAUCUCUCCCUGGAGAACAAUGUGGAGUUCAAGGUGAACGCAUCGUUCACAGAGCUAAAGUCUGAGCUGAGCCGCGCGAUGAUCGGCCUGCACGCGAUGUGGAACGAGCACUUUGGCAUCGGAGUGGUCGAGUGCAUGGCGGCCGGACUGAUAGUGAUAGCGCACCGCUCCGGUGGACCCAAGGCAGAUAUCAUCCACGAGGAGGCCGAGAGCAGUCGCAACGGCUACCUGGCCACCGACGAGGUGGAGUACGCGAACACAAUCGCCAGCAUCGUGCGACUGCCGAGCGACACGCGCAAUCGCGUGCGAACCGCCGCUCGCUCCUCCGUCGAGCGAUUCUCGGUCGCCGAGUUCGAACAGAACUUCUUGCGACUCGUCGAGCCGUUCUUCGGCUGAGUGCCUUCACUGCAAGUGCGCCGCUUUAACUCUAGUCGGUAAUCGUUUUUGGACCAGGUUGGAAAUGAUUCGCUCAUUUGAAUCAUGUGAAAUUAUAUUCUCAUUAUUGACGUUGUAAAGUUUGAAAGUAUAGGUGUCCCGUAGAGAACGCAAGAUUUGUAUUGGUAAUUUUUUUGAAAGAAUAAGACAUUGAUGUUGUCAAUCCCAUUAUAUUUGUUCAAAAUCAAUUUGAAUUACUAAUCCAGGUUUCAUGACAACAUCAACGUUUUAUUCUUUGAAUUAUGGAGAAAUUAACACAAGAUCUCUUCUCAUACAGUCAAAUUGUUCAUUUUUUUAUUAGUUCUAUUCUUGAGUGCGUGGGUAAUGAGAAGAAUGAUAAUAAUAAUAAUAAUUUUCUUAAUAAGGGCAAUCAGCCAUUAGCUCUACAGCUUGUUCGUGAUAGAUUUGUUAUAAUGAGUGAUGAGUGGAUCUACAGCUUUCCGAACCAUCGGCGAGCGAUUUUUCAACUCAUGAAAAUCAUAUUCAAGAGGAGUUGGCUGAAGUGGUCACACUCCCAACGGAAGUAGCAGGCGCAUGAUUCUUAACUUAUGUAAGCAAUUCGAACCGCUUCCGCUACUAAAUAAAUCCGAAUUCAAAAUAAUCCGAUUCCUUAAUAAAUCAUCAUUAAGCCUACUUGGAAUUUUCAAUAUUUUCCGUUAAAUGGGAAGUGCAUUGUAAUUGAUCACAGUACUGUAAAUGCACAAAAUAUUAAGGUAUAAUUUCAAGUGACGAUUUAAUGAGAAAUUCAAAUCUUGUGUUCAUAAUGGGACACUCUAUAUAAUGUAAGUUGUGUAAAUAAGAUUUGUCAAAAAUAUAAUAUUACAAUAUUUACUUUGUACAGUUUGAAAAUAUUUGUAAGCUGUGUGAAUAACUUUUUUGAAAAUACGUGGAAAAUCUUAUUCUUGACUUUAUGGAGUUUGAAAAUGUUUGUGAGCUGCUUAAAUAAGAAUAAUAUUAUAAUAGAGGUUUUUUAUAUGCAUUGACUUGUACAAGCAAUAUUGGACAUUUUUAUGCUGAUCAACACGUUUAAGACCACCGCAGCAGCAGACGGAGGAGAAAUCCUUCCCCAGCUUAUCGAAUGUUGCAAUGCACACAGACGUCCGUCUGUCUGCUCACGUUUGCAGGCAGACGUUUGAUUUUAAUCCCGUUUGUUGCAGUGUGCGUUGUCCAUUAUUAUGGCAACUUCUUAAUUGGACAACAGAUUCCUAAUUGGGAUGUAUAAAAUUCUAGUGCCUCUCACUUUGAGAGUGAGAUCUGGUUGCCUUGUCAGUUUUUUCAGCUGUUAGUUGUUACUCUUCUUGGCACUACUUACAUAAUAUUAUAGCUUGUUUGUGAUAGCUUAAGCUGCGUUUACACCAAAGUUAUUAACAAAAUGUUUAUUUUUCCGACCUUAUAGAACGGAACUUGACAAACACAUAUGCUCAUCAUGUGUAUGAUAAGUUAUGUUCAAUCUAAUAGAAUCUAUAAGAACGGAAAAAUAAACAUUUUGUUAAUAACUUUGGUGUAAACGCGGCUUAAUAUAUUAAAAUAUGGAUUCAGCUGAAAUCCAAAGACUAGCCUAAUGCACAUUGACGUUAGUCUUGCACGUGUAUCUAUUGGAAGAUUUUAGAAUGAUUACUUGUCAUUGAUAUCAAUUGUUGUGCCAGUCUUCAUAAAAGAGUAUCAAUGAUUUCUAAUUUCUGCGGACGCUUUACAGGGUAUUAUCAUAGAUAAUAUAACACAUUUCAAUUCGAGGGAUUCUAUGUGACAUCACUUACCGAAAUAACAAUGGUUGAGGAACCUUCGGCAACAGAGAUUUAAAUAUUGAUGAGUUUUCAUUCAUUAACUUUGCAGCUUAAUAGUCUGUCUUGUUGGUUGGUAAAACAUUGAAGGUAAAAAUUUCAGAUUUUCAUCAGACAGCUUUUAGAGACGUAGUAUUGCACUUUUAUGCUGUUUCAACCGUAAAUGUCUUGAAUAGCACAGAUUGUAAAUUCUUUGAACUUGACAAAUUAACGCCUAGUGAGUGUGGGCUCUCCACACCAUUCAGAAUUUAUUGUUACUCUUCAAUCAUUAGUCGGUUAGUUCAUCUUUUCAAUGUUUCUACUCUUCAACUCUACUCACUUCGAUGAUUAAUAGAGCAGUAAUCAUUUCCAAUAUUAUCCAAUUUUAUUCUUGAUGAACAAGAUUAUGUACAUUAUAGUUUUCAAAUGUUUUAUUACAUAAAUUUCUAAUGAAUAUAAAAUAGGCUAUAACAUUUUCCUCCACCUAUUAUCUAGAAUCGUAUAUUUAUUCAUUCAUUCAUAGACAAUAGAUACAAUCCUGGAACAGGAUUAUUUUUACUUCCUGGAACGGAAUAUUAAAGUACUACGACUACCAAGGGAGUAAAGUGACUAAGGUACUUAACACCCUCCCUAGGAACUAAAAAUAAUUCCAUUUGAUUAUCAUGGAUGACAUCUAGCCAUCUAGUCUAUCCGAGUGGCCUGAGACAUCGCAACUCCAUUCUGAUGAUUAUUCAUGUUUAUUACGUCUGAGCUGAAUCCAAGUAUCCUGCAUGUCUAAGGGUAGUCGAACAAAAUAUAUUUUUAUUAAUAUAGGUGGAAGAAAAUGAGUACAUAAGUGGACAAGAGAAUUUUUCUCCUUCUGGAUAAACGUUCGCCUCAGGGAGUAAAAGUAGCAAUUUUGUUCCUGGAUGUACAAAUAACUAUUUUGAUCAUAUUGUUGUAAAGUUUAUAGUUAGGUUACUUAUAAUUAUAUCAUAAUAUUGUAACGUAUCCACAAAUGAUGAUCUAUUCUAACAAUUGAAAUUGAAUGUUGUAUUUUAAGUGCUUUAAAAAUUUGUUAUCUCUUGAAAUUUUAAUUUAUUGUCUAAUCAGGUCUACUUGAUUGGAUUUAUAGCGUGUAAAUACAAAUACUUUUUGAAGCGGAUGAAUCUUGUCGAUUGCAUUUUUGUUGUCAGUAAAACUUGUUUUUACUCUGA